AUGGAAAGGAGGAUAAAGUUAAAAACACUUAAUAGUCACAUUACAUGUAAAAUUUGCCGUGGGUACUUUAUCGACGCGACAACGGUCACAGAGUGUCUCCAUACAUUUUGCAAGAGUUGUCUGGUUAAACACUUGGAAGAGAAUAACACAUGUCCAACAUGCAACAUUGUGAUCCAUCAGUCUCAUCCCCUCCAGUACAUAAGCUUUGAUAGGACAAUGCAGGAUAUUGUUUAUAAAUUAGUGCCCGAUUUACAGGACAAUGAAAUAAAACGCGAGAGAGAUUUUUAUCGUGCUCGUGGUCUACCAUGUCCCAAAGAUGCGGCUCUUGCUGCUGACAAACCUGGAGCAGGAGAUGAACCUGAUCAGCCAGACAACACUGACUGUCAUAGAAAGGAUGAACAGGUUAAUGUCUGCUUGGAGUGCAUAUCCACGUCAUUACGUACCCUAAAGCGCAGUUUUAUAAGGUGUUCUGCGCAAGCCACAAUAACACAUCUCAAGAAAUUUGUAGCUAAGAAAGUAUUGAAUGGAAUGGAGAAGUAUAGAGAAAUUGACAUUCUAUGCAAUGACGAAUUACUAGGAAAGGACCAUACAUUAAAAUUUGUAUACGUCACACGUUGGCGAUUCCGCGACCCACCGCUACGGUUGCAGUAUAGGCCUAAGAUUGACUUGUGA